GCGUCCCUGAAAAGCCAGAGGAAACCGUAUGAGACACCAUGGACCAAGACUCAGAGCGGGCUCAGUUUGUGGAUGCCCAUUGGGCGACACUUGUCCAGAAAGUAAUCAUGGUGAUGCCGAUAGCGGAUGAGCUGCGGUCAGCUGGUAUGCUGGAGUGGGAGCCGUACUGUAAGAUCAAAGCAGCAGAUAUCAACCAGGAGAAAAUGAGAGAGUUUUAUGAAGUACUGCACUCUGGAGGAGACAAGGUUAAAUCUGCCUUUUAUUCUAGUCUGGAAAAGCAUGAGCAAUCUCUGUUUAGAGACUUGGGUAGCAUCGCUCAAACUGCAGACGCACUUGUAAAAAGCUUAAAGAAAUAUAAGAAGUGGAUCCAGGAGAAAUAUGAAUAUGUGAGCGAGUAUAACUCUCUGCCUGGUGAAAAUGUGCUGUUGUCUGAGCGCUAUACACAACCUCUGAUCAUCACGAGACACAGAGAGAAGAGAGAGCGAGAAGAAGAGAUGUGCUCCGUGGGAGAGAGUUUCCAGCAGCUCCUCACCUCCAGGAAUAAUGCGGACAAGGGCAGCUCGGUCUUGGAUGCGCUUUUCAGUGCCGUUAAUAAAGGAGUCAGUCCUAGUGCUGUCAUUCUUCAGGGGAACUCUGGGCAUGGCAAAUCCUUCACUGCUCAAAAGAUCAUGCUAGAUUGGGCAUCGGGACACCUCAGCAGAGAGGAAUUUUAUUGUAUUUUUCACUUGAAAUGUAAAGAAGUGAACCAAAUAUCUGGAGAGCAGAGUUUGGUGGAGCUUUUGAGCUACAACUCCAAUUUAACAUCAGACCAGAUCUCACAGAUCCUGCAGAAGUCACCAGAGAAAGUUCUCAUCCUCAUUGAUGGAUUCGAUGAGCUCAGGUUUUCAUAUAGUGACACUUCGAAUGCGCCAAAACUCAAGCAUCUCACUGAAAAAGCUCCAACCGAGGCUUCUCUGAAGGCCCUUUUGAGGGGCCACAUCUUGUCCGAGUCCUUCCUGCUGGUCACCACCAGAUCUACUGCUACAAAAAUCCUGGGCGAUCUACUCAAGCACCCUCAGCGUUUCACAGAGAUUAUUGGCUUCUCUGAGAGGGAGGUGGAGGAGUACUUCCAGAGGUUCUUUCGGGAUGAAGGACUCUUCAGGAAUGCUUUUGACUGUGUGAAGGCAAACGAAACCCUCAUCACCGCCUGCUCCAUCCCUGUUAUCUGCUGGAUCAUCUGCACGGUUAUGCGGGAGAGGUUCAGUGACGGUGCGGAUGCGACAAGUGGACUG